CUUUACUUAUUCAAAUAAAACGAUGGAUCUUGACGUUGAAGCUAUGUUAGAAGCUCCUUUCAGGGAAAAGCAAAACGAUGAACCUACGGAAAGUCACUCUCGACAUGAAGAAAGAUCUCCACAUUAUGAACAUCGAGGUCACUCACCAUCACGUUCUCAUCGAUCUUAUUCUAGACAUAGAAGCCAUCACCGUAGUCCUUCCUAUGAACGUCAUCGUUCACAUUCAAGGUCUCACCGAGAUGACAGAUAUAGGGAUGAUAGAAGAUAUAGGUCAAGAGAACGUCGUCGACAUCGAAGUCGAAGUCCUAGAAGACGUAGUCGUACACCAGAUCGUUAUAGUCGCCGUCAUGGACACCGUGAUCGGUCUUAUUCUCCACCGGUACCACCAGAAGAAAGGGAUAGACGCACUGUAUUUGUUACUCAACUUGCUCAACGUUUAAAAAACAGGGAAUUUCACGACUUCUUCUCUCAAGCUGGACGUGUACGUGAUGCCAGAAUUAUAUCUGACCGUAACACUAGACGAUCAAAAGGUGUUGGAUAUGUAGAAUUUUAUGAUGAAUCAUCUGUACCAACUGCUCUAGCCAUGUCAGGUCAAAAACUUUUGGGAAUUCCUGUGAAUGUUCAGUUGACAGAAGCUGAAAAGAACAGACAAGCAUUACAAGCUCAACUAGAAGAACAACAAGCUGCUCAAAAUGGAACUAAUGUUAGUACUGUCAAUGCCAUCCAACCAGUACAAAAACCACCAACUCAUGAUAUUAUGGAUCAACGCUUAUAUGUAGGUUCUGUCAAUUAUACACUUACUGAUCAUGAUCUUCGUCAAGUAUUUGAACCUUAUGGUCCCAUUGAUUUUGUUGAUCUUCAUAAAGACAACUUAACAGGACGAUCAAAAGGAUUUGCAUUUAUCCAAUUUCGACAUGUGAAAGACGCAAAAGAAGCUUUAUCAAAAAUGAAUGGAUUCGAACUAGCUGGUCGAAAUUUGAAAGUCGGUAUGGUAACUGAACGAGCACAAAGUAAUAAUUACAGUAGUGGUGGAUUGGAUUCUGGUCCAUUGGAUGAUGAUUCUGGUAGCAUGGGACUGAACUCAUUAUCUCGUGCAGAACUUAUGAAGAAACUGGCUGCGCGAGAAUCAGAAUUGAUGCCAACUGCUGAAAAAGUUACACAACCUCCUGUCAACGUUAUACCUGUUCCUGUUGUUACACCAUCUCGUACACUUAUGUUGACCAAUAUGUUCAACCCCGCAGAAGAAACAGAACCUGACUGGGUACAAGAAUUAUCUGUGGAUAUUAAGGAAGAAUGCCAACAAUAUGGAUCUGUUGAACAUAUUUUUGUUGAUCCUGAUUCUUUGGGUGAAGUAUUUCUCAAGUUCGAUUCAGUGAUUGCUGGACAAAAAGCUUUUCAAUCUUUGAAUGGAAGAUGGUUUGGUGGAAGACAGAUUCGUGCAUCGUAUAUGGUUGAAGAUGAAUAUAAUCGUCGCUUCUCUAAAUAAGAAAUUGAUUUAUAACUAUAUGAUGGACAAAAAAAAAAAAAAGAACAUAUCUCCUCAUUUAUCUCUCUUUCUCUCUCUUUCUUUUUCUUUCUUCAUCUUCUUAUAGUUUAUAUGUUUAUUUUAUUUAUUUUAUUUCUUUUUUUUUUUUUGUGUAUGUGAUUGCUGGCUAUCUCGAUUAUUGUCGAUGGAAAUAUG